AUGACCCAAGACAACAGUAAAGGAGGCCAAGUUUUGCUAGAUAAGAUUUUGCUUAAUAGUUUUAUUGGCUUAAGUGGAAAAAUUCAGUUCACUGACCAAAAGUUAGCUCCUUCACAUACUUUUCAGAUCAUCAAUGUGAUAGGGAAUGGUUACAAGGAAAUUGGAUUCUGGUCAGAUGGACUAGGUUUCUCAAAUAGUAUUGGCCAAAAUGCUACUUAUAGUUGUUCAAUGAAGGAACUGGGACAACUUUUAUGGCCAGGAAGACCUUGGGACACUCCAAGAGGAUGGGCCCUGCCUACAAGUGAUAAACCACUAAGAGUUGGGGUCCCUGCUUUGGCCACAUUGAAACAAUUUAUAAAUAUAACUCAAGAUCAUUCUGAAAAUACUACCUCCUUCCAGGGAUUUACUAUUGAUCUUUUUAGAGCAACUGUGGAGUUGUUGCCCUACCAUUUGCCAUACAAAUUAUAUGCUUUCAAUGACACAUAUGAUAAUUUGGUGAAGCAAGUUUAUUUAAAGAAUUUCGAUGCAGCGAUUGAUGUAACAAUAAUUUCAUAUCGAUAUCAGUAUGCUGAAUUCACUCAGCCUUACACUGAUCCGGGAGUGGUGAUGGUAGUGCCCAUUAAGUCAAAAGCAGGACAUAGAGCUUGGUUAUUCGUGAAGCCAUUUACAAAGACCAUGUGGAUUCUAAUAGCAGCCAUGAUUAUCUACAAUGGAUUUGUUCUAUGGAUGUUAGAGAGACACCAUUGGCCUGAACUUAAGGGUUCCAUGCUCAAUCAAACUGGGACCAUGGCUUGGUUGGCAUUGACCCCUCUCAUCAGCUUUAAUGGAUCCUUCUUGCAAAAAUAUCCGCAGGAAGUGUUACACUUCCAACCUGCAAAAAUCAAGCAAUUUAGCUCACUUGAAGAGUUUGCAGAAGCUCUCAGAAGGAAAGAAAUAGCAGCUGCAUUUCUUGAAGUUCCUUGGGCCAAAAUUUUCCUUUCAAAGUACUGUAAAGAGUUUAUUCAAGCCGAGCCUAUGUAUAAAUUUGGAGGAUUUGGAUUUGCAUUUCCAAGAGGGUCUCCAUAUCUUCCAAGUGUAAACAAAGCACUGCUAAAUCCUUCUGUGGAUCCUUCUGUGGUUGCUCAGUCUGCUGGGAUUGCUGGGCAAGUGUUUGCAGGUACUAAUGAGCAGAGGCUCAUCUCUUUUAGAAAGCACAAGCCGCCAUCAUUUCAGUGGUCAAGGGACCCGAAG